GAGGGCCGCGCCGGAGCGGGGGCGGCGGCAGAGCGGGCAGGCGCCGGGCUCCCGCUGGUGCCUGGGCCGGGCCGAGCGCGCGGCCCGCCAUGGAGGUGGAGGAGGCUUUCCAGGCGGUGGGCGAGAUGGGCAUCUACCAGAUGUACCUGUGCUUCCUGCUGGCCGUGCUGCUGCAGCUGUACGUGGCCACUGAGGCCAUCCUCAUUGCGCUGGUCGGGGCCACGCCGUCGUACCACUGGGACCUGGCGGAGCUGCUGCCGAAUCAGAGCCACGGCAACCAGUCAGCCGGGGAAGACCAGGCCCUGGGCGCCUGGCUCCUGACCGCCAACGGCAGCGAGAUCCACAAGCACGUGCACUUCAGCAGCAGCUUCACGUCCAUCGCCUCUGAGUGGUUCUUAAUUGCCAACAGAUCUUACAAAGUCAGUGCAGCAAGCUCUUUUUUCUUCAGCGGUGUGUUUGUGGGCGUUAUCUCUUUUGGUCAGCUUUCAGAUCGCUUCGGAAGGAAAAAAGUCUAUCUCACAGGUUUCGCUCUUGACAUCUUAUUUGCUAUCGCAAACGGGUUUUCCCCCUCGUAUGAGUUCUUUGCAAUAACUCGCUUCCUGGUGGGCGUGAUGAACGGAGGGAUGUCGCUGGUGGCCUUUGUCCUGCUGAACGAGUGUGUGGGCACCGCCUACUGGGCACUUGCAGGGUCGAUCGGCGGCCUCUUCUUCGCAGUCGGCAUCGCCCAGUAUGCCCUGCUGGGGUACUUCAUUCGCUCCUGGAGGACCCUGGCCGUUCUGGUUAACCUGCAAGGAACAGUGGUCUUUCUCCUUUCUUUAUUCAUUCCUGAAUCACCUCGUUGGUUAUACUCCCAGGGUCGACUGCGUGAGGCCGAAGCAGCUCUGUACCUCAUUGCCAAGAGGAACCGCCAGCUCAAGUGCACCUUCUCACUAACGCAUCCGGCCAACAGGAGCUGCAGGGAGACCGGAAGUUUCCUGGACCUGUUCCGUUACCGGGUCCUCCUGGGGCACACUCUGACCCUGAUGUUCAUCUGGUUUGUGUGCAGCUUGGUGUAUUACGGCCUAACCCUGAGUGCAGGCGAUCUAGGUGGAAAUAUUUAUGUCAACUUGGCCCUGUCCGGCCUCAUAGAGAUUCCGUCUUACCCUGUGUGCAUCUACUUGAUUAACCAAAAAUGGUUUGGUCGGAAGCGGACAUUAGCAGCAUUUCUGUGCCUGGGAGGACUGGCUUGUCUCAUUGUCAUGUUUCUUCCAGAAAAGAAAGACACAGGGGUGUUUGCGGUGGUGAACAGCCAUUCCUUGUCCCUGCUGGGGAAGCUGACAAUCAGUGCGGCCUUCAACAUCGUGUACAUCUACACGUCGGAGCUGUACCCCACAGUCAUCAGGAACGUUGGGCUUGGAACUUGUUCCAUGUUCUCCCGAGUUGGUGGGAUUAUUGCUCCCUUCGUCCCCUCACUGAAGUAUGUGCAGUGGUCUUUACCCUUCAUUGUCUUCGGAGCCACGGGGCUGACCUCAGGCCUCCUGAGUUUAUUAUUGCCAGAAACCCUCAACAGCCCAUUGCUAGAGACGUUUUCUGACCUUCAGGUGUAUUCCUAUCGGAGGCUAGGGGAGGAAGCGCUAUCUUUACAGACCUUGGAUCCCCCUCAGUCUGUGGACAAGGAGAGCCCUCCAGGGAGUGAGAGUGAGGAAGAGGAAGAAUUUUAUGACGCGGAUGAAGAGACUCAGAUGAUCAAGCACAAAGGAAAUUGGAGAAGAAAUUUUGUGUGUGAGGACAUCACUGCAUUGAGUGAACUGUUGCUAAUUUGCCCAAAAUUCGGGUUUAACUCCAAAUUUUGACCUCUGGUCAGAUUGCUCAAAUCCACAUGCCAGAGUGGUAAGCUAAUUUGUUUCUAGAAGUUUGAUUACAUUGCUUUUCAACUUUGUGGUGACCUAAAGGCAACUGUGUAAUAUUUCUCCGCACCGUUAAGGUGUAAUCUGUACAUCGCACUUGACAUCUGCCUGCAGUUGCUUCUCACUCGGCAUCUUUUGAGGCAAGUUGGUGUUAGCAUUUUAUUUUGGGGCCAGAUCAGAAGCUCUGAGAGGUCACUGUGUGCCCUGAGGCCCUCCAGCUGAGGAAAUUUGGGCCCUCGCUUUGGUUCCUGGCCAGUGAUUGGCUUGAGCUCCGGUGCCUUUAGUCCCACAGAUGACCCACUAGGAAAACCCAACAGUACCAAAGUAACUUUCUCAGAGUGCCAGGUGUGGCUGCAUCUCCCUGGUAGCUCCCUUUGGUACUCAAAUCAUGUCAUUUCUUCAGUUCCUGCUUGUGUGAACCUCUAAAAGAAUUUCCAUCUCAGAUUCUGGUACCAGCAAUAACUUCCAAACCAGGCCCAGUAAAUGAUGACGUUUUAUAAAGGGGGAGGCCAGUUAACAAGUGACAUGUUGAGCACUUGUAUGUGAAAAAGGGGGAGGGGAAGUGCUGGUUUUAAUAAGGAAGAAAAGAAAUUUACAUUUCACAAUUUUCUGUUUGUUCUCAGUGUUGUGUAAUGAGGGCCUUGGGCGGCGUGUAAGGACUUGAGCUCUUCUGGGCCUCGAUCAGCCCAGCCUGUUUCGUUAGACUGGAAGGCACAGUAAUUCACAGGCAGUGCUGGCUUUCAUUAAGUACGGCCAGCUUUCAAGCAAGUAAAAGUCAUACUCAGUUUCCCAAAAGCAUGUGCUGAAGGUACUUCCCAUAAAGUUCGAGUGUCAUCUCACAUAGGAGCGUUAACUUGGCAUCCACAAGCGUGGACAGCCUUGCUCUCGGUCACUUUCCCAACUAGGAAAAUGUCUGUGUUUUCAGAAUUUCUGUUUCCACUAAAUCUCUUGGAGAAAAAUUUCAUUAGAGGUAAAGAGAAGUCGCCACCAUUUCUGCUUCUGGAAACCUUAGAGGCGUCACCCCGAACUGGCUCCAGCACUCCCCUGUCCUCUUCCUUUGACCUCUUAGUUUGCACUAUGUCAACUUGUAUCUUUUCAUUUGUUGAAGUAUUUUUAUGUCCUUCAUGCCUUUGAUUAUGUAUUGGGCUCUGUAGAAAGAGGAGCCAUCUUUACUACUGUUUCUUUGUCUCUGGUGUGCCCAGAACACAGGCCUAGACACAGGAGACCUGAUAAGUGUUACUGUUUCUAGCCAUCAGGGAAAUUGUGGAACUGCUCCCAGUAUCAUUUUUGCGAAUCGCAGGCAGAUCUGACCCAAACCCCCAAACUGUGGGAUUUUGCUGUCUUUCUCUGGAAGAUGGAGACCCCACCCACCAUCAAGAGGCAAAGAAAGGAAGAACUUACAAAGACGCCUAGAAGCUCUUCAGUGGUCGUGGAGUUAAACACAAAACAACAAACUAACAUAUAAGUGAUUCUAGGUUGGUUGGAGCUCUCUUUGCAUUGUAAGGGUAAUACAUUCAUCUCAUUAUUAAAAAUGUGGAAACUGGGGGGGAGGGUACAUGUCAGUGGUAGAGUGCGUACUGAGCUUGCAGGAGGUCCUUCAAUCCCUAGUACCUUCGUUUAAAAAAAAACUAAUUACUCCUCCACUAAAAAAAUAAAUAAAUAAACAAAUAAAUAAAUAAAACAUUUUAAAAAUUAAAAAGGAAUAACAAGAAAAUGUGGAAACUGGAAGUUAAAAAAUGUCUUACUCAUAGGCCCAACACCCAGAGACAGCCAGUGCUGUGGCUUUGUUCUGUUUGAAGACCAGUUGGGAUCCGUCUCUCUGGGGUCCCCUCUGCCUCUGGCCAGGUAAAUGAGGAUUCCAUUAGGGGCCCCUGGGUACCCUCUUUUCCCAAUUCUAGGGUGGGAGAAGGCCAGGGAGGAUACACAGUUUGAACACAUGUUGCUAAGGCUGGGCUGACUAUCAGCUGCUUAUGCAGAUGUGUCACUAUAUUUUGUUUCUUUCUAAAUGAUCUUUUGCAAAGUUUCAUCCCUUUGCCCUUUAUAAAAAAACAUUUUUUUCCCUUUUGCUAUUAACUGUUGAAGAAUAUUGAUUGUGGAGAAUGUGCACAUGAGUCUAUUUGAGUCGAUUAAAUAAUUGGAAAACUUUUAAUUUAUAGGUAACGUAUUUUGUUUGUGCAGGUGAUUUGUAAAAGGUAUCCUUUCAAAUAUCUUAAUUGUGUUCAAACUUGCAUUUCUUUUCUCCUAAAAAGCAGCAAGAGAAAUGUAAGACACAUAAGAAAUCCCAGGGCUUCCAGGGUCAAAGUUCUUAUCAACAGCUUGUCCAGAACCUUGACACCACAUGGAUAUGUGGAAAGACACCGUGUUGUUGUUUCCCGAUUUGGUGAGUUAAAACCAGUGCCCGUGGAAAAUACAGUAUUUGUCGUUUGGCUGAUUUCAAGCAAUGUAGACAUUCCUUAGUAUUUAAAAAUGAACAAAUAAAAUACAACAAAUAAGUAAGAAGCAAAUGAAAGUUCGUGGGAGACUGCUUAAGUAAAUGUAAUAUGGACAGGUAUUUUCAUGGAGGUCAAAUUAAUGAGGGUACUUUUGAUAGAUUUAUAUUCUUGACAAAAGCAUAUUGAAAUAAUUCCCUCUAUUAAAUUAGAAUUAAAAUGCAGCUUUCCAAUAGGACUUACUCCUCCAUUACAAAUUCUUAUUAGAUCAUCAGUUCUUAAAUUGGAAUUCUAUGAAGGAUUUUUUAAACUAAAUAAAAUGCAGGUAUUUUGGCUUCUUGUGAAUUUAAUAAAGAAUUGUAAAACAUAGGCCUUUUCUUUUUUUCUUAGAGAAUGUGUUAGGAUGUAUAGCAGCAUCUUUGACAAAUUGAGCAAAUACAGGAUCUGCUAGAAAUGGGUGAUAUGUGCAGCCAAGUCAGGGCAUCAGUGGGUAUGAAAGAUAACUAAAAAUAUUUUUAAUAUGUAUGUUCAUGUAUAACUGAAAAAUUGUGCUCUACACUGGAAAUUGACACAACAUUGUAAAAUGAUUAUAACUCAAUAAAAAAAAGUAAAAUUUUUUAGAAACAGAAAAAUUCAAAGAUAAUGCAUUGUUGGAACAUUCAUCAGUGUAGGACAUUAACAGGAGAAAGAUCUUAUGAUUAUCUUAAUAAGUACAUGAAGAUGAUUGGACAAAAUUCAACACCUAUUUAAAGCUAUUCACAGAUAAGGAAUAAAAGGAAACUUCCUUAGCAAGAUAUUGUAGUACAUAAGGUGAAUUAGCGCACAGGAUCUCUUCACCUUCCUGUUGCCUGGGCCUUCAGACUUUCUUGAUCAUGACCACAAUAAGCAAUGUUUUAUACAUAUUCUCUCUCUUCCCUCUCCCAUCUCUUUCUGUCUCUAUAUCUGUCUCUGUCUCUUUUUUCCCACCUUUACAAAUUUAUACGAUGUAUUUGUUUGAAAAAAAAAAAUAUAUAUAUAUAUAUAAAGCUUUAAUGAAACAAUGUUUAUUUUUGCUAGGUACACUGAUAGUUUAUAUUCUGUUCUAUUUUGUUUUUUAAAAUGCCAUUUUGUGACCCACUAAAUCAAAUUCAUGACCUACUAUAAUUUAAAAUCCAUGGUUCUAUCCUAUCUUAUACUGCAGAGGCUUUGAAACUAAGAUGUACAUUUCCCAAACACCCUUUGCAGCUAGGCUUCUAGGUACAAUGAAGUUUCCAUCAGUGAGAUUCAGAUGGAAUUUGGAAGGUGGAAGUGAGGAGGAGGCCACAUUUAUGAUGCAUCGUUUUUUGUUUUUGUUUUUGUUUUUCUGCUGGGGUCUACAGGGAGGGAGGCAUUUGGUUUUGCUGAGGCCGUUUCAAUGGAGAUGUUGACAGGCAAUAUUGAUUAAAAUCUUAACAAGAUUUUUUUUUUUAGAAAGAGCUUGGCAAAAUAAUUCUUGGACUCAUAUAGAAAAGUGAAGUUCCAAAAAUACUCAACAAUCCCCCAAAACAAGAGCACACACAAAAGACUCAACAUCCCAGGCAUUGAAAGUUAUAAAGCUGCGGUGUCGGUGCAGCAGUAGACAGGCAGAUCAACAGAACAUGAUAGAGAUCCCAGCACAAGGCCGAGCUUCUGUAACAACUUGGCAUUUUUUUGAAGAUGGCAUGCAAAUCAGUGGGAAAAGAGCGAACUAUUCAGUUAUCGAUGUGGGAACUACUGGGUUUCCAUAUCAAAGAAGAUAAAACUAGGACCUCACCAUAAAAAAGAUAAAUUCCAGUUGAAUGGAAGACCUAAAUGAAAAAAAAAGCAAAACUUUAACACUGUUAUAAAGUGAUAUAAGAGAGUGUUCUUGCGACCUUGGGGGAUAGAUGGAUUUUUCAGGCAAGAAGUAAAAAUUACAGAUCAUUCAAAAAGGGAGAGAGAUGUUUCGCUGCAUCUAAACUGAAGACUUCUCUCUAUAUGACCAGAUGUACCAGAAGGUUAAAAGAAAAGUGAUAGGUUAGGAAAAAAUAUUUGCAACUUCUGUAAAAGAUAACAAUCAGUAUUCAGAAUAUAGAAAGAAUUAGUGCAGAUCAGAAAGAAAAAUAAUAGGAAAGUUUACGAAAAAUACUGUUAGGCAAUUCAGAGGCGAAAAGAUGCUCCACCCCGCUAAUGAAUCAGAAAAAUACAAACUGAAACAGCAUUAAGUUAUUUAAAAUCCAUUAGAUUGAAGGAAAAAAGAGUCCUAAUACCAUAUUUUGAAGAUAUGAAGAAAAAGGAAUUCACUUAAUCCUGACAGAAGCAUAAAUUUAUUCAUCAACUAGAUUGUCAAUAGCAAGUCAGGUUGAAAAUGUAAAUGUUCUAUGACACAGAAAUUCUGCUUCUAUGUGUAUAUUGUGGAAGAAUUUUCAGAUAUUUUGACCAUAGCCUGUUGUAAGAAAAAUGUUUCACAUUGUGGCACACACAGUAUACACACCUGCAUACAUAUCCAUCUGUGUAUAUCUCCACAACAAAGUUUCAUAAAACAAUACCCUUACUAUGUAUGCUGCAUUGUAUUUUCUAUGCUAUUAUAGUUUACUGUAAAAUGAAAAGAACAUUGGUGAAGACAAAAGUGAUUUCACAAUUCAUAAGCAAAUCAAAGCAUGCAGUUGGAAAAAGUGAAACAUAAUAUACCUCUUGUCUUUGCCUUAGUUCUUGUCCAGUGCAGGUGUGUGCAAGUUGAUACGUACAGAGGUGUCCUUUGUAGUUGUAGCAAAACAAUGAAAUUAAACACCUUUGUUUAAUUAUAUAUUAAUAUGUAUAGGGAAAUAUAGAGAUACCAUUUUAUAUUUAUAGAAUGGGGUAAAAUGUAGGAGUUUUAUUUAUUGAGGUGGGUGGAUGUUCAAUGUUGAACAAAAUGUUAGCAAAAUUUUGCUAGAUCAACUCGUUGCGUGGUUAAAUUCUUUAGUGAGUGAUGGAAGUAUUUGCUAAUUAAAGAGAUUCAUAUGCUUUCUGUGCCAUACUUGACAGUCAAGACUAUUGAUACUCUGUUGCGGAAAUAUAAGUCUCACUGUUAUUUCCACCCAGAUGAAGAGUAAUCCGUCUUCCCUAUAGGUCUAAAUUUCUCCUGAAAAAGAGCUUUGCAUCUGUGGAAACAUUUAGACAACUUCUCAGCUGAGACCCUAGAGCUCUGUAAUAUAAAGCUUAGAAGAGAUUACUCAUUUAUUGAAAAAUGUCAGCAGCAGAUGUUGCCAAAUUGUUAUUAAAAUAACCAGUCCAGACCUUGCAGAAUAAUUGAUUUUGAAUAGAAUAGAUUCUGGAGGAAUUGCUUUGCUUCAAAAUGUAACUUGGAAGAAAUUGAAUGAAAGGAUUGUGUAAGAUGGGCAAAACGCACACUCAACCUGGAGGAGAGCUUAGUAAAUGAAUGAUUUACCAAUGUGUGGGCAGAGCUUCCAGAAACCAUGGAAGAGAAGGCAGUAUGCAGAAGGAAGCCCGUGGAUACAGUCUGCACAAGUCAGCCUCCUGGGCAAGCACAGCUUGAGGAGUGGAUCCAGAAAGCUUCUAGAGGCUGCUGCAUUCUUUGGUCCUGACCCCAUCACUCCGAUCUCCGCUUCUGUUGUCUAACAUAGCCACCUUCUCACCCUCCUCUCCUGCCUCCCUCCUGUAAGGGCCUUUGUGAUUACAUCAGGCCCACCCAGGUAAUUCUGGCUACUCUCCCCAUUUCUAUAUCCUUAG